AGAAUAUGACAGGGAUAUGCCUUCUUCUGUUUGCGGUCCUUGCAGGAAUCUGUGAAGGACGAGUAUACCUGACAGGGUCCUCCCUUACUGCAGUCGCUGGCCAACCAUUCGCUUUCACCUGCAGAAACGAUUUUCGAAUUACUAUUGAAGUCCACUGGACUGCACAAUUACCAAAACGGAACGUCUUCAUUCAGAGUGGGAACACACAAUGAUGACGACUGCAGAUAUCAUUUCUACCCGUCGGAUAUGUAUAACUUCACAUGUCCGCAAGACGGCCCAUUCACUCUGACAAUUCUUGACGUCGAUUACCGCACACAUCAGAAUUCGAACUGCAUGUUUAGCCGAACCUUUGGUGAGAGGAGCAACACGGUAGUCCUUGACGUCAAUGUGCCACUGAAGACGAUCAACUUGUUGACUUCCACAACACAUGUUCUAAAUCUGACUGAAGGCCACACGAUGUUGUUGGUGUGUGAGACAAACCCGACCAAACCACCGUCCAACAUAACGUGGAUGAAGGAUGACGACAUUAUAACAACUGGCGUCUCUUCAUCAACUCGUGAAGACGGAGGACUGACUGUUACUGUAGGUCGUCUUUCAAUGGAAGUCACAAGAGAGUUCCAUAUGCAGAGAAUUUAUUGUGUUGGAUCCUACGAAGAAACCGACCUGAGAAGGAACUCGACUCUGCUUCACAUCGAUGUACCCUCUGGUGGACAUAAGUAUUAUCAACUCAACAAACCUCCCCAUGGCUAUGACGGAGAAUGAAGACGUCACAGUUGUUGUGUGAGACCAAUCCGACACGACCGCUCUCCACCAUCAUCUGGACGAAAGGAAAUCAGACACUUACAGAGGAUGUGACAUCAACAUCACGUACAAACGAUAAUGCAGUUGUCGCAGUCAGCAUGGCGACAUUCACGGCCUCUUGUGAUGAUCAUCUGUCCCAGAUCCAGUGUUCUGGCUUCUACAAAAGUACUCGGAUAGCAUCUAAAUCCCAGACCCUGUUUGUUCACUGUAUUGACAAAGAAGAUAUAUCAGGGCUCACGUUCAGUGUUGGUGUUGGCGUUGGCGUUGGAAUGGCAAUAUGUCUGGUUCCCCUUCUCGUAGCAGCGACUGUUUGCAUCGUAUGGUGGAAAAGACGCCACACAACGACGGAAAAGCCAAAGGCACCUGAAUCGACAGAGAAUACAGCGCCGGCCCAGUGUGUCCUUUAUGAGAGCAUGGACGAAAGCACAAGAGAAAGAAAAGAAACAACUUAUGAGGAGUUUGAUAUGCAGGUCUAUGAAACACCGGUUGAGCCGAAUAGUUCUCCUCAGGAUGAUGCUGUUUACGAAGAUGUCUGA